CGCCCACCGCCGCGCCGCGGCCACCCCCGAGGGCGCUCGCCGCCAUACUGCGCUCGCGCGUCAUCGCGUGCCUCCGCGCGCAAGAGUAAGGACACGCACUGCCCUCGCCGCUCCCCCAGCCCCCUCUAGACUGACCGCCAAGUGUUCGGCGGUAGUCGUCGCCGAAGCGGAAACCAGGAACUAAUUCGCUGGUCAUCUUAUAUAAUGUUCCUUCUUGGGUUUGGGUUGGGUUGGGAUCCCUUGCAGCGGCGAGACGGCGUUGCAGGCGGCUCACGCGGCUGUCCGCGGCGGCAUUACCGUGGUGAGUUCCUUUGCUCCCCUGGUCCCAUGUGCAACUUGGGGGUGUCAUGCGUGCGUCGGUGCGUCAGAUGGUUCCUGUUGGAGGUUGUCAUGACGACUCCUGGAGUACUGGAGGUUAUUGAAGAUCUUUGCAGGAGUUAUCCUUCUUUAACAUUCGGGGUUGGUACCGUCUUAAAUGCUGCUGAUGCAAGGAAAGCUAUAGAGGCUGGUGCACAAUUUCUUAUGAGUCCUGGCACAGUCCUGGACAUACUUCAUGAUCUUGAAGAAAGUAAUGUUCUUUAUAUUCCAGGAGUGUUGACACCAACAGAAGUUUUAUCUGCUUGCAGUGCUGGUGCAAAAGUUGUCAAGGUGUACCCAGUUUCAGUGAUGGGUGGAGAGGCGUACAUGUCAGCUCUGAAGAAACCAUUUCCUGUCGUACCAAUGGUUGCUUCUCAAGGAAUUAAAAUCGGUUCAAUAAAGGGGUAUAUGGAAGCAGGGGCAUCUGCAGUGGUCUUAUCUGAUACUAUUUUUGACAAUCAAUUGAUGAAGGACAGGAAAUUCAGUAAAAUUUCAGAACUUGCAAAUCUAGCAACUUUAGAGGCAUUGCAAUUCACGAAAUGAGACAAAUCUGACAAUUCUACAAGCAUUGCAGAUUUGCAGUCCAGAAUAUGAGCUGUGACGAUGUGUAUACUAGGUUUGUGGCGCAACCUUGGUGUGGAUUAUAUGUUACUUCUGUUGAAAGCGCCAGUUCACUAAAUACAGCUAUAGAAGCUCUGGUGCAUGCAAGAAGCUGAGAAUGAUGGACCGAACAAGGAUCUGAUCAGAGGAUGUUGUGAUGCCAAGAAGCCAACCACACAUUUAGGCGCUGCAGAAUCACCACAACUCGCGAGACAACAGAGGCGAAUGAGAGGGAGAUUGCUGGUUUGCUUGUGCUUUGACUGACCUGGUAGAUGUAACGCAGAUUCAUUAGGAGGGUAGUAGUAAGGAGAGGGACAUUGAAGACGUUAUACUUUUAGGCAUUGCCAUGGACUUUGUGUAGAUCAAUGUGCUUGAACAGGUGUUACCCGGGAAUUCUGCAUGAAAUGAGUUGGUGCUAUGGAUUAAUAGUAGA